AUGCAAACAAAUUCCACAACACAAACUUCAACAAUGGAUUCAACGACGACGCCGGUAUCCACACAGCUUGAACAAUAUACAGAUCAAGAUAUUGAUACAAAUCUUCAGUAUUCCAAAUCAUCCCAGUCUUUGUCUGUAACAAUUCGUUCUCAUCUGAUAAAAGGAAUUGAUCCAGGAUCGCAUGGAAAUUAUAUACAUGACUGUGAGAAAAUACAGAUAAAACGUGCGGAGGUAUUGUCACUUACAGACCGCGAGAAGAAGCGAGUGACAAUUUGUGUUAGUAAUUAUCUAUUGGAUUAUAACAAAGGAAAUGCAAUUUGGUCAGGAAACAAAGCUGAAAUACGUUGGAACAACCAUACUUUCCUUGAUUAUAGAAGUUCAGUCCUGGACAUCGGUGGUAAUACUGGAAUAGAUGCAAGUCAUAUCAUUUCGUUAUUUAAACCGAAGCGUUAUAUUAUUCUAGAACCGUUAAAGCUAUACUAUGACCGUUUGGUAAAAACAUUUUCAUCGGAACAUAUUGUUGAAGUUUUUCAGUUUGGUGUAGGUAACAAAAAUGUCAAAUUAAAUAUGUCUAUUAUUGGACCAAAUGGUGAAGGCUCGUCCGUUUUUAAUAAACAAACAACAAAUAAAAAAACAACAAUCCAGCUAUUCAACAUUACUCAGAUUUUUGUGCGGUUAGGUUUUAGUUGUGAAAAACAACUUGAUCUAUUGACUUUAAACUGUGAAGGGUGUGAAUUCGAAGUAAUAGAAGAACUUUUAAAAACAAAUAUACUCAAUUACAUAAAAAAUAUACAAUUUGCGACUCAUUCAACCUUAAAAUAUUUGAAAGAUCCAAAAUACAGGUAUUGUAGAAUACAGGAAUUAUUAACUAGGACACACAAGUUAUCUUACCAGUAUAAGUUUAUAUGGGAAUCAUGGAAAAGGCAAGAUCUUGUAAAAUAA